AGUAUCGAAUACAGCCAGCCCUCGCUUAACACGAACUCGGUCUUACACGAUUAUAAAAUUUCUCUUUUCCCUCUUUUAACACGCUGAAUACCUACAUUUGAGCUGUCAGAAUCUGCUUUGCGAAUUCUGAUCGAAUUCUGCGCUUACAUGCACAGUUUCAUGUACUUGUUUACAAAUAAAAUCAGUUAAAAACUCAAAUUUUGCAUAAAAGCAAGCACGAAUGUAUUAUUUAUGGGCGCCGCAAUAUUGGAUGAAGCCAUAAAUUAUAUAAAAAUUCGGUCUGCUCGACAGCCUUUAUUAAUUUCACUAAUUUCUCCUAUUUUAUUUCCUCCCUACUAGUGCGUAGUGUAAAAUUGAUGUAGAUGUCAAUUACGCGUGCAUCUAUUACAUUUGACUGUAUAUGUAAAACCAUUUUCCUUUAAUAAAAUUAUAAAUAAUUAAUUAAUAAAUCGCAUGUCCCAAUGACGGUAGCUCUAAAAUAUUCUAUAUUUCCUAAAAUAUAGGUGAAAUUUCUGUGCAUCAAAUACUUUGCAAGAAACUAAUCUAAUUAUAUUUUAUGUCUACCUAUACAAGGGCUGCUCGGGAAUGGGCAAUACUAAAGCCAAUACGUAAAAUCUGGCAGCGCCAUAAUAAACUGUCAUUUUAUAGCACAUAUGUAUGUACGUACAACGUUUUUAUGUUCACGAUCAGUUAAAAACAUCAAUUUGGCAAAAAAAUUGAAAUUUCUUUCGACGUGGAUUAUCCCAACAAGAAUGUGUUGAUGAACUUAGUUCUUUAUAUGGCGAGAAAGCACCAUCAAAAACGACAGUUUAUCGCUGGUUUGCAGAGUUUAAUAGUGGUCGUAGUUCAGUUGCUGACGAAUUCCGUGAAGGUCGCCCAAAAUCGGUUGUUGUGCCACAAAACAUCGAUGGUGUGCGUGAACUGAUAGUGCAAGAUCGACAUGUGACAUAUCGUAAGAUAGAGGCAUCCUUGCACAUUAGUUCCACUUCAAUAUAUUCCAUUUUACAUGAACACUUAGUUGUAAAAAAGGUUUGCUCUCGUUGGAUACCCCAUAACUUAUCAAUCGCUCAAAAAAAGGCUCGCGUCGAUUGGAGUAAGGAAAUGCUUAAAAAGUUCGACCGAGGUGCUUCAAAAGAUGUUUAUAAAAUCGUGAUAGGUGAUGAAUCAUGGAUAUAUGCGUAUGAGCCACAAACUAAACAGCAAUCGACCGUGUGGGUGUUUCAAGAUGAGCAAAAUCCAACAAAAGUUGUUCCAGCACGAAGCACUUCGAAGCAAAUGGUCUCCUGUUUCUUCGGGAGAAUGGGUCAUGUGGCCACUGUUCCGCUAGAGAAACGUAGGACUGUCAAUUCUGAGUGGUACACGACCAUUUAAUUGCCGGAGGUCUUCGGAGAAAUUCGCAAAACCAACUGCCGAGCACGAAUCAUUCUCCAUCAUGACAAUGCGAGCUCGCACACAUCUCGACAAACAGGUAAAUUUUUAAGCAGACAAAACGUCGAAUUGAUGACUCAUCCUCCCUACAGUCCUGAUUUGGCACCCAAUGACUUCUUUUUAUUCCCUAACAUACAAAAAAAAAUGCGUGGUCAACGUUUUACGAGCGCCGAAGAAGCAGUUGAAGAGUUUAAAAACCAUGUUUUGGAGGUGUCUCAAGAGGAGUGGAGAAACUGUUAUGACCAAUAGUUCAAGCGAAUGCAAAAGUGUAUUGAUCAUCAGGGGGAAUAUUUUGAAAUACAAUAAAAGCAUUUUCAUUUAAAAAUUGUUGUUCUUAUUUCCUAUUCCCGAAAUAUAAAUAGCAACCCUCGUACGAGGUACACAUUAAAUUGUAUUUCCUUAUGGCACUACAAAAAGGCCAGGUGCAGUUUAGAAACCGCUUACCUACAUUCGCAGGUAGUUCGUUAGGAGGAUUACAUACAUCCCUUGCAAAAUUGUUCAUUGUAUAGUUUCCUAGUCCCAAAAACCCACCACCGAAUUGGCUCAGUGUAUGCUGGCAACCGUCCAAAUGUUUGUGAGAGUUGAACCAAACACAAGGUUUUUGAACCUUUGGCUGUUCGCGGAGCAGGAAAGCCAGCUGUUGCAAAACGCACGCGCAUCCUGUGCUGAACCGACUGAAUCGGGGUGGGCUGGGCACGGGAUCGAGUACGGACUCGGAUUCGGGUUUGAGUUGCCGCAUAUCCUUGAGCAACAGCAUUGGGUAAAUGUAAAUAGUGAAAAGCGCUCAGCUGCGAGCGAGCUCCAAAUAAAUGCUAUGCUAACGAGUUGAACUGAAAAACUUGAAAACUGUCAUUAAACUUCAAAACAAAGAGUAUGCAAAGCGAUGGAAAGGACAAAAGUUUUGAUUAUUGUUUGGCUGGACACAGAUUUAAUUGCCAUCCCCGCUUAGGCCCCUGCCACCCCCCAGUUGGCGAGCAGAACCUGAAUUUCCGCAGAGCGGAAAGUGCUCUAUUCUCCUCUGAAGGAAGCGCAGCAAUAAAACUUUGUUGCAUUGGCAGGAAGGCUUGGCAGAAGCACAAACGGCAAAGUGUAACGAAAAGGCGAAAGCCUGAUGGCAGCAAUUGGCAGUAACAACAGCCACCGUAACAAAAGGAACAGCAGCAUAAUGGAGGCAACACGGAAAUUGCGUAUACGCCGUGUGCCCGCGCGUGUGUGUCUGCGCUGAGAGACAUGAACAGAGCAAUUGGGGGAGACCUCUUGUUGCUCUCUGUUUUGUUUCCUGUGCCUGAGCACAGCGACACGCAAUACAAUAGCCAACAGCGGGGAGGAAAAGUCAAAUGGCAUAAUAAACGUAUUUAUGAAAAGGCAGCAUCAACAUGUUUUCCUUUCAUCUCGGCCCGAAAUGAACAGGGGUCCGGGUACGGGUCCGGGUCCGGGUCCGGGUCUGGGCUGAUUUUGGUUGUGAAAGUGCUUUAGACGGGAAUCCGCCUUACGCCCACCGCAGCUUCCCUGAGACUCGGUCUCCCUGACAUUUCGCCAUUUAACCUUGCAUGUUGCCAAAUGUGGUCCUUGAGUUUUAAGCCUACAAAGUUGUAUGCUAAGCCUGUGCGAAGCUCCGAAAAGGACAGGAAAAAGCAUAAACAUAUAGGAGAGGCGAGGCUCUGUCAUUGCAUUUGAGGGACGUUGGUGCGCCGCUCACGGAGUGUUCGGGUGUAUGUGCCCGAGUACAUAGGCGACAAGGACGAUUGAGCGAAUGAGCGAUGCGAUGCGAUGCGAUGUGGGGGGGACGGGGCCGAGGAAGGGGACCCACUCUCCCGAAUCGAGCUCGACACUGCUGUGGAGGGUAACGGUAACUGGCGGCGGGUGCGGUUUGGCAACAGGGACCUACAUUCAGUCGUCGUCGGGCCAUCGUCGUCGUCGGCUCCCACUAUCGUGCUCCGAGCGUGUCUGUGUCCAUGUCUGUCGUGAAGCCAGAUAGCCUGAAAAACGAGCUGCCCGUGCUGCGUUGGCCGCAGUCCUCAUUCAGACGCGAAUCCGUUAACAUCGCGGUCGCCGAAGGGCACACAACAUCAUCUAUCGGCACGGCGACCAGCACAUGGCCGUCCAUGGAACGCAACACGGAACCAACCGAACCGACCACGCCCACGAAAUAUCCUGCAUAUCCUACAACUGAAUGUUUUUCAAAGCCAACGAAAUGCCAAGUGACGAUGCCAUUUUUAUAGACUUUUUCUAAAUCAAAAGAAACUACUGCGAGUACAGAUACCAAUAAAAUAGAGAUUACCAGCGACGGUCGAGGCGCCACUUAAAGUGCCUGCUAGCUUAUCCAAGACGGCCUGGCGAUGGCAGUGAACGGGAGGAUUCGCAAGCGCAAGCAUAAAAGCCAUCUAAGUGGCGACACUCCGACUCCGACGACAGCCACUAGCAUAACCGCGACGGCAGCCACCAGAGCCACCACAGCAGCCAUAGCCCCUUCAGCGCCAGGCAGGCCCUGGCCCAUGGUGGAGCAGAGCGAAACAAUCGAGGAAGCCGCCGCCUUCGCUGGGGACUAUAAUAAUUUCACGCAUAAUUUCGUCGAUUUGCAGAACCUCUUGAAUUUCAAUGAUUUGCUGAGCACCAGCAAUAGCAGCAGCAGCAGCAGCAGCAGCGGCCCAAGCAAUGGGAUCGGGAAUGCCAGUGACAAUGGAAAUAGCAACUCUGUGGCCAGCAUCAGCAGCUCCUCGAGCGGAUCGAGUACCAUUAAAUUGAGUAACGGCGCCAUUAUGGACACUCUUUUGGGGACCGUUUUGACCACGGCCACGGCGACGGUGGCGCCUGCCGCCAGCUCUUUGUUAGCCACGAUUGCAGCCACUACCACGACAACAGCAUCGGUAGCGGCAUCCUCGUCGGCCCUGGCCAUCGCAGGCAGCCAGCAGGUGGUGUCCUUGUCGGGCCUGGCCAUUGCCGAGGCCACCUCAUCCACCUAUUAUGCCAACUUGCUGAACAUGUCGCCGGCCACCACCAGCCUGAUCGCGGCAGUGGCGGCCACCAAGUCCUACAACGACAGUUCCAUGCGCUGGGAGCAGUUCGACGGAAACGUGGACUUCGGCUUCGAUCCGCUCUACCGCCAUUCGCUGGCCAUGUCCAUUGUCUACUGCGUGGCGUAUAUCGUGGUGUUCCUUGUGGGGCUCAUUGGCAACAGCUUCGUGAUUGCCGUCGUCCUGCGGGCGCCUCGUAUGCGGACGGUGACAAACUACUUCAUUGUGAAUCUGGCCAUUGCGGACAUCCUUGUUAUUGUCUUCUGCCUGCCAGCCACUCUUAUUGGCAACAUCUUUGUGCCCUGGAUGCUCGGAUGGCUGAUGUGCAAGUUUGUGCCCUACAUACAGGGUGUCUCGGUGGCGGCAUCGGUUUACAGUUUAAUUGCCGUGUCCCUCGACAGGUUCAUUGCCAUUUGGUGGCCGCUGAAGCAGAUGACAAAGCGACGUGCCCGCAUCAUGAUAAUCGGCAUAUGGGUAAUCGCACUGGUGACCACCAUACCCUGGCUGCUCUUCUUCGAUCUUGUCCCGGCCGAGGAGGUGUUCUCCGAUGCCCUCGUCUCGGCCUACACGCAGCCCCAGUACCUGUGCCAGGAGGUCUGGCCGCCCGGCACCGAUGGCAACCUGUAUUUCCUGUUGGCCAACCUGGUGGCCUGCUAUCUGCUGCCCAUGUCGCUGAUAACGCUCUGCUAUGUGCUCAUCUGGAUCAAGGUGUCCACGCGCUCGAUACCAGGCGAAUCCAAGGACGCCCAGAUGGAUCGCAUGCAGCAGAAGAGCAAGGUCAAGGUCAUCAAGAUGCUGGUGGCAGUCGUCAUCCUGUUUGUCCUGUCCUGGCUGCCACUCUACGUGAUCUUUGCGCGCAUCAAGUUCGGUUCGGACAUAUCGCAGGAGGAGUUCGAGGUGCUCAAGAAGGUGAUGCCACUGGCCCAGUGGCUGGGCUCCUCCAACAGCUGCAUCAACCCCAUCCUCUACUCCGUGAACAAGAAGUACAGGCGUGGAUUUGCGGCCAUCAUCAAGUCUCGCAGCUGUUGCGGCCGUCUCAGAUACUACGACAACGUGGCCAUUGCCUCCUCCACCACCAGCACACGCAAGUCCUCGCACUACAACCAGAAUAGCUCGCGGAAGAGUCCCAGCAGCAAGGGCAACGCCGUCUCCUAUAUCUACGAGCACAACUCCUUGCGGCGCCACAACAUGAUGCUGAAGCAGGACAGCAAUCUGUCGCAGCAGAUGCUGCUGAAGCAGGACUCGCACGGCUCCCGACAGUUCCUGAUCAAGCAGGAGAGCUCCUGCAGCGACGCCUCCGGCAUCCGGCGCCCGUUGUGCCAGCAGGACAGCAAUGGCUCCAAGAUCUCGCUCUCCAAGCAGGAUUCGAUUGUCUCCUAUAUGGAAUCGCGUCGCGCUCCCGGUCUCGGCCUGAGCGACUCGCUGGCGGACAGAGACAGUGUCUCGAUGGAGUCACGUCGCGCCGGCGGAAUAAUGGUGAACGCCACGCCGGGAUCACUGCUCGACAAGCGACAGAAGUUUGUGAAACAGGACUCGGUCAUCUCGUUUGUGGAUCAGCGACCAGAGCCGCGACGGCAUCAGCUGGUGAAGCAGGACUCGGUCAUUUCGUUCGCCGAUCAGCGUCGUGGUCUCCUGCACAAGCAGGAUUCCCUGAAUCGAGCCAGUGAUGCGCCCACUCAUCAUGUAUCCAUACUGAAAAAGACGGACUCGCAGCUAAGCUACGUUUCAUCUUCAUCAGCAUCAGCCGCUUCUCCGCGCCGCAGUGCAGAUCUGUACGAGUAGGAAAUUAUUGAUAACAUUCUACCACUCUACCAUCCGUUCCACGAAAACAUCCUACGCAUCGUACAUACUUAUAUAUGGACUAGCUACAACCACUUGCAGAACAUACUCGAACAUACAUAUAUAUAUUUAUAGAAACUAGACAGACAUUAUUCCACAAAUACUUGUCUCAUUCCUAUGGCAGCUACAUACUAUAUAGAUGAUAUGCUAUGACGAUCGAAUCCUGGUAUUUCUGACUUAUUUACUGUCCCUUGCUAAAUUACAGCCAGAUGUCGCUUCAAAUGAGGGACUAGUUUGCACAGAAUGAGACUAACAGGCAGGCAGGCAGACAGACAGACAGACGGACACGGCUCGAUGGUCGGUGGGUAUCUUCUAUUAUUACGAGUAUAAUGAUUUUAUGAACUGUGAUAGAAGUUGGCAGUGCUGGUGGGGCUCUGAACUUGGCUGGAAAGUGUCGGACUUAUCCGUCAUGUCAUCUUUGUCUUUGUCAUCGCCGUCGUUUAUGGGUAGCCAGAUCUAGGAAUAGGGAAUGGGUAUGGGUAUGGACCAAUUCGAUAGGGGAAUAGUUAUCUAAUCAAAGAUCGCUUAGUUAGACACAAGAUAACACCACACCAAACCACACCAAACCACAACACACCACACCACACCACACUAUACAAUACAAUACAUACUCGUACUCCCGAACCGACAGACCCCACACACAUAUAGGAAAUAGAUGUUUUAUACGUGUUUCAAUGGUACUACACACAAAGAUAUAAACUACUCCUUGGCUAUGGCUAUAUAAUAUCUACAAAAUAUGUACCGUUACGCAGUUUUAAGAUUGUUUGUACUCGCAAUUUGCUAUAUCGAAGAGUCGAGGAACGGAAUGGAAGAGAAGCGACCUACAACAGGGGAAGGGAGGGGUUCAAAUAGCUUUGCUAUAACUUUUUGUACGAAAGCGAGAGUGAAACGGGCAAGUCCAGUAUCAUAGUCGAAGAGGAAGAUAGGAAGUAACAAAACAAAAAAAAGAGAAAACACCGAGGUCUAAAGUAAC